UUGACUGUGAUGAAGGGGGGGAGGCGUGUUGCAUUGCGUAAGGGGAAUUGGAUGAAAGCCUAGAGAAAGUGAGAGAGAGCUGAACUGUGUGACGAGAGCAGGCCUCUGCGUUGGUGACAGCAAGGCAGAGAGACCAAGAGAGGGAGUCCCAUCGCGCUGUGCAGCCCAGCCAGCCCAGCCAGCCACGCCACGGCCAUUCACACACCUGCCCUGAUUGGACGACUCACAGACACUCUCCCUCUCAUUCAUUCCUGUAGUGUUUUUCAUGCUUUGACUGGACUGUGGGUCUCGGUCAGAAACCGACUCGGAGAAACAAUGCUUCUACUGCAUCUGGUCACAGUGCGGGGUGUGCGGCGAGCAUGGGGCCUGCUGGAGAACCAGAAGGUGAGCCACCUGUGCCGUGCUGCCCACACUGCCCCCCGCUUGGAGUACAAGCCCAUCAAGAAGGUCCUGGUGGCCAACAGAGGGGAGAUUGCCAUCCGGGUGUUCCGGGCAUGCACGGAGCUGGGGAUCCGCACGGUGGCAGUGUACUCUGAGCAGGACACGGGCCAGAUGCACAGGCAGAAAGCUGACGAGGCCUACCUGAUUGGCAAGGGCCUGCCUCCCGUUGCUGCCUACCUGCACAUACCUGACAUCAUCAGAGUGGCUAAGGCCAACAAAGUGGAUGCCAUCCACCCGGGCUACGGCUUCCUGUCAGAGCGUGCGGACUUUGCGCUGGCAUGCGAGGAUGCGGGCGUGCGCUUCAUCGGCCCUGCCCCAGAGGUGGUGCGCAAGAUGGGGGACAAGGUGGAGGCGCGUGCCAUCGCCAUACGGGCAGGUGUACCUGUAGUUCCUGGCACAGACGCCCCCAUCGCGUCCCUGCAGGAGGCGCAGGACUUCGCCAAAACCUACGGCUACCCUAUCAUCUUCAAGGCUGCAUACGGGGGUGGUGGGCGGGGCAUGAGGGUGGUGAAAGACUAUGAGGAGCUUGAGGAGAAUUACAAACGUGCGUAUUCAGAGGCUCUGUCUGCAUUUGGCAACGGUGCCCUCUUCGUGGAGAAGUUUAUUGAGAGGCCAAGACACAUCGAGGUGCAGAUCCUGGGUGAUAAGUAUGGGAACGUGAUUCACCUGUAUGAGAGGGACUGCUCCAUCCAGAGGAGACACCAGAAGGUGGUGGAGAUUGCUCCUGCUGCAAAUCUGGAUCCAGCCCUCAGGAAGAGACUGACCACAGAUGCCGUCAACCUGGCAAAAGAGGUGGGCUACGAGAAUGCUGGCACAGUGGAAUUCCUGGUGGACAAAAAUAGCAAUCACUACUUCAUUGAGGUGAACUCCCGCCUGCAGGUGGAGCACACGGUCACUGAGGAGGUCACAGAUGUGGACCUGGUGCAUGCUCAGCUGCGGGUGUGUGAGGGGCGGAGCCUGCCGGAGCUUGGCCUAUGGCAGGAUAAGAUCAGUGUGAGUGGCUGUGCCAUCCAGUGCCGUGUGACCACCGAGGACCCAGCACGUGGCUUCCAGCCUGACACAGGCCGUCUGGAGGUGUUCCGAAGUGCCGAGGGGAUGGGGAUCCGUCUGGACAGUGCCUCAGCCUUCCAGGGGGCGGUCAUCUCGCCCCACUAUGACUCCCUGCUGGUCAAAGUCAUUGCCAGUGGGAAGGACCUGCUGUCGGCCGCCGCCAAGAUGAACCGUGCAUUGGUCGAGUUCCGCGUGCGAGGCGUCAAGACCAAUAUUCCCUUCUUGCAAAAUGUACUGACCAAUGAACAGUUCCUUCAUGGCACAGUGGACACUCAGUUCAUCGACGAGAACCCAAACCUGUUCAACCUGAAGCCUGUGCAGAACCGGGCCCAGAAACUACUCUAUUACCUAGGUCAUAUAAUGGUAAAUGGGCCUACCACUCCAAUUCCAGUCAAAACCAAGCCCUCCUCCAUCGACCCUGUAGUUCCCCUGGUGCCAUUGGACAAGCCCCCAGCAGGUUUCCGGGAUGUGUUGCUACGUGAGGGCCCCGAAGGGUUCGCCCGUGCAGUGCGAGCACACAAGGGCCUCCUCCUCAUGGACACCACCUUCCGUGACGCACACCAGUCCUUGCUGGCCACACGUGUGCGCACUAUCGACCUCAAGCGCAUUGCGCCCUUCGUCGCCCACAACUUCAGUAACCUCUACAGCCUGGAGAACUGGGGUGGUGCCACAUUCGACGUGGCAAUGCGCUUUCUGUAUGAGUGCCCCUGGCGCAGGCUGCAGGAGCUGCGGACACUGCUGCCCAAUGUGCCCUUCCAGAUGCUGCUGCGGGGUGCCAAUGCAGUGGGCUACACCAACUACCCUGACAAUGCUGUCUUCAAGUUCUGUGAAGUUGCCAAGGAGAAUGGUAUGGACAUCUUCCGAGUCUUUGACUCCCUGAACUACCUCCCAAACAUGCUCCUGGGCAUGGAGGCGGCGGGUGCAGCAGGGGGCGUGGUGGAGGCGGCAAUCUCCUACACGGGUGACGUGUCCGACCCCAUGCGACAGAAGUACUCGCUGGAGUACUACCUGAACCUGGCCGACGAGCUGGUGAAGGCCGGCACACACAUCCUGGCCAUCAAGGACAUGGCAGGCCUGCUGAAGCCAGAGGCGAGCCGGCAGCUGGUCAGCGCGCUGCGGGACCGCUUCCCUGACGUGCCCAUCCACGUGCACACACAUGACACAGCGGGUGCAGGUGUGGCAGCCAUGCUGGCAUGCGCUGAGGCGGGUGCCAAUGUGGUGGACGUGGCCGUGGACUCCAUGGCGGGCAUGACAUCCCAGCCCAGCAUGGGUGCCAUCGUGGCCUGCACCAAGGGCACUGAGCUCGACACCGGUAUCUCCCUGGAGAAGGUGUUUGACUACAGCGAGUACUGGGAGGUGGCCCGUGGGCUCUAUGCUCCCUUUGACUGCACGGCCACCAUGAAGUCGGGCAACGCUGACGUGUACGAGAAUGAGAUCCCUGGGGGCCAGUACACCAACCUGCACUUCCAGGCCCACAGCAUGGGGCUGGGGAACAAAUUUAAGGAGGUGAAGAAGGCCUACACUGAGGCCAACAAGCUUCUGGGAGACCUCAUCAAGGUGACCCCCUCAUCCAAAAUCGUGGGCGACCUGGCACAGUUCAUGGUACAGAACUCUCUGACGAGGGUGGAGGUGGAAGAACGGGCGGAUGAGCUGUCCUUCCCCCUGUCUGUGGUGGAGUUCCUGCAGGGCCACAUUGGCAUCCCCUACGGGGGCUUCCCAGAGCCCUUCAGAUCCAAGGUGCUGAAGUCUCUGCCACGGGUGGAGGGCCGGCCAGGCGCCUCCCUGUCCCCAUUGGACUUUGAGGCCCUGGAGGAACAGCUGCGGCAGGCCCACGGCAAUGAUAUCACCCCUGAGGAUGUGAUGUCAGCGGCCAUGUACCCCAAGGUCUUUCAGGAUUUCAAGGAGUUCACUUCCACCUUUGGGCCCGUGGACUGCCUCAACACACGCCUCUUCCUCGACGGGCCCAAGAUUGCUGAGGAGUUUGAGGUGGAACUGGAGAGGGGGAAGACCCUCCACAUUAAAGCCCUAGCCCUUGGUGACCUGAACAAGGCGGGACAGAGGGAGGUGUUCUUUGAGCUCAAUGGUCAACUGCGGUCCGUCCUGGUCAAAGACACGGUGGCCAUGAAGGAGAUGCACUUCCACCCCAAGGCACAGAAGGGCGUGCGUGGCCAGGUGGGGGCACCCAUGCCGGGCAAGGUGCUGGAGGUGAAGGUGAAGGAGGGCCAGCGGGUGGAAAAGGGCCAGCCCCUCUGCGUCCUGACUGCCAUGAAGAUGGAGACCGUUGUUAACUCGCCCCUCUCUGGCACCAUUGCCAAGGUGCACGUCACCCUGGACACCAGCCUGGAGGGUGAUGACCUCAUCCUGGAGAUCACCGAGUAGGGCUACCACCCUAGAUAUAGAACGACCAGAUCAGCUGUGUCCAUUUACCAUAGCUGCCAUAUGCUUGGAUACCUGUAGCUGCUGAAUUUGGAAGCAGUUACAGUUUCAGAACUGUUAGCUGUUAGUUGUUCUAUAUUUAUGGUUUGGAUCCUGGAUUGGAUUGGAUUGGAUAGUCUUUAUUGUCCCCGAGGGGAAAUUUGGUUUGCAAACAGUAGUCAACACAACCAACACACAUCAUAAAAUAAAUAAAUUAAAUAUAAAUAAAUAAAGAGCAUAUAACAUACAGUAGAUUGUCAUCAUACUAAAAUGCAAUGAGAUAUAAAACACUAAGAGUCCAUUAGUCCAUUGUUAAAAUGUGUGUGCAAUAGCAAGUAGACCUACAGCUUGUUUAAAAACCCAACAGCUGACGGAACAAAUUAUCUCAGAUAUCUGUUUGAUUUGACCCUCCUAGGGAAAGUGUACCUCCUUCCUGAUGGCAGGAGACAAAACUCUGCAUGAAGAGGGUGUUGAGUGUCUGCCAGAAUGGCCUUUGCCCUCUGAGUGGCUCCAACUUGAUAAACAUGGCCUAUAUUAUUCAAGUUAGUGCCAAUGGUCUUUUGGCAAAGUUUAACAAUCUUCUCCAGCCUAUUUUUGUUAACCAUGCUGAGGUUGCCAAACCAACAGAUCAACAGAUCCUUUCUAUAGAGUAUAUUUUUUCAAGGCAACUCACCAGACUGGCACAGAGUGAAGAAGAGAGAAAUUUGUUUUUGAGAUUAAUGACUCUAGUUUUGAGAUUAAUUAACAAAUGAGACUGUAAUUUGCAGGGUGGGGCACACAGGGGUUGUUUCACCAGGGAUGACAUUUCCAUGGGCAUGGCAAUCACUGGCACAUGUCACUGCCUCCCCUAGACACUCAUUUCUGUCCUCACCUUUUUUACCUGUGUUUUUUCCCCCGUGUGCAGUCGGUGACGCCACUAAGCAUGAUUAGAUGGGAGGGGAG